UCGGAAGGAUAGUGUUUGAGAGCCAAGAAAUGAAACAGUGUGUUCUAGCAGUGUUACUGUUGUUUGGAGUGUUUGACACUUGUUGGCCUAGCAGUGUUGGGGAUUUAUUAAAAGUGACCAAAGUGUGUAUCAAAGAUGGUUGCAUGCGCGGUACGGUGAUGGAAAACAAUGUUGGCGUUUCGUAUCCAGCGUUUUGGGGAAUUCCGUACGCGAAACCCCCGGUUGGCAAGCUACGGUUUGCGAACCCACAACCGAUCAAACCCUGGCAGGGUUUGUACGAUGCGUCCCGACCGAGGAGUGCCUGCCUCCAGAAGGUUACGCUCGUCCCAACCGCUCCAAUGUUCGGUGAGGAGGAUUGCUUGUACUUGAACGUGUUCCUGCCGGUACUCGAAGCGCGCAACACACAUCUCCUGCCCGUGAUGGUGUACAUCCACGGUGGUGGAUUCCUGUACGGUUCGGCACAACCGGAACAGCGCGAUCCGGGACGCUUCAUGGACUCGCGUAAAGUGAUCCUCGUAACGUUCCAGUAUCGGCUUGGCGUGUUUGGAUUCCUCUCGACCGGCGAUUCGUCUGCGCCCGGUAACUUCGGCAUGAAGGAUCAGGUAGCGGUCUUGCGCUGGGUAAAGAAAAAUAUUCGCGCAUUCGGAGGUGAUCCUAAUCAGGUCACAAUCUUCGGUGAAAGUGCCGGGGGAUCCAGCACACAGUUUCACCUCAUUAGCCCGCUUAGCCGUGGACUGUUUCACCGUGCAAUAAGCAUGAGCGGUAGUGCCCUCUCCAGCUGGAGUAUUCCGAUCGAAGAUCCGCUCCGAAUGGCACGAGCUCAGGCGAAAGUUCUGGGAAUAGCGGAAGCGGACGAACUAACUACGGCGGAACUAGUUGAGCAGCUGCGAGAAAUUGAUGCUGAAGAACUGGUCACUAGCACCGAGCUGUUGAAAGUGUGGGACAUCCAUCCAAUCACAUUGUAUCAUCCAGUGGUGGAGCCAGCCGAUGAACCGAGACCCUUCUUAGCUGAGGACCCGCGAGCCGCAUGGCGUCGGGGUGAUUACGCGAGUGUUCCUUGGCUGACGGGAAGCAUACCGAACGAUGGAUCGAUCGUCACGCAAACGAUCUACCGGAAUAGUUCUCUGGUCGAGGAUCUGAAUGCGAAGUUUACCAAACUUUUGCCACUGAUACUGAGAACUCGUGUGACGAAGGAAAAGCUGGUACGAUUGAGGAAGCGUUUCCUCAAGAAAACUCCACCGACCAUGUGGGUCACCGAGGAUAACUAUGCAGAGAUUACCAAGAUGCUAUCAGAAGCCUGGUUCCUGUAUCCGAUGGUGAAAAGCAUCAAGCAACAUCUGGCCAACCGGAAGCAUACCCCGACCAGCGUCUACUCCUUCCAGUUCCGUGGCCGCUACUCAUUCUCUCAGUUAUUCACCGGCUCAGACAAAUCGUACGGUUUAAGCCAUCCGGACGAAAUCAUCUACCUCUUCUACAUGCCACUGUUCUUUCCCGAGUUUCCCGUCCCGUCGCCCGAAGCGGAAAUGGUUCAGCUGUGGGUACAGUUUUUCGUCGAUUUCGCCACGAACGAUCUGGUCGACGCGGAUGGCACGUGCUUCGGGAGGAAGUGUGACGUGGUCACGUUUGCGAACACGAAAAAUCCAAACCAUCCGGUGAGCAGAAAGAUCACCCGUGGCUUGGACGAGGAGAUGUACGAGUUUUGGAGAGCUUUCUACGAGGAACGAGCGUAAUCGAUUUCUGGGCCGAACGUUUGAAGGUUAAGUGUUUCGAAUAGGCAUCACAUCCAUUAGCUUAGCUCAGAACACUGACGAAUUUCGACUUUCGCUACGCUUCCGCAGUCAACACGCAAUGCAGCCAAUGCUCACCUCUUAACGCACGGGCGCCGGCCGGCGGAAACAUUCUUAUCGCAACGCCACUUAUUGCAACGCGAUGGUUUGUAAACAACGAAAACUAAACAACCUGCUCCUACACGUGCUCAGAUCGAGAAGCUCGGUUUGUUUUGCGGCGUGUGUGUGUAUGUGGGUUGCGCAUUCAGCGCACCGUACAUGAUUUGCAUUUAUCUUCGGUUCAACGGCAUCGUUUCAAUGGCUCGGGAAAGGGCUCCCAGAGCAGAUUAUCAGCAGAGUCGCGAACAGUCCGAACGGGUCGAUUGGCACACGUCCAUCCACCGAACUGCUCCGCGGGCUCACACUCAAAAACCGAUCCUCGUGUGGCGUUUAGGUUCAGAAAUCAGCUGGAUUCAGCGCUGAUAAGGGCCGUAUGCGCUAGACAUGCUGACGGCGGCAAGUUGGGCAAACAGAAAUGGCAAAAAA